AUCGUGGAUGCCUGGUUUUCGGUUGGCUUUGCACCUAUCACACUUCCCUUCUAUACAGCCGAUAUCUUCUGGCUGCGAUAGGACUUAACUGAAUAUUGACCACAUCGCAGCCGCAGCGCGAAGCUAUAUAUAUUGAAAUCCAAAUAUGACGCAGCGUGCUAUCUCGUGCCUAUGCGGACAUGUCGCUCAAGAAGUCAGUCUGGGGCAGUUUACAGAUGAACCAACCCUUGAUCUCUGCCAUUGUACCGCCUGUCGUACGACGACAGGAAUGCUGUGCUCUAUAUACUGUCCUCUACAGGGCAGGCCACAUAAGCUAGACAGCCUGCGCGAGUAUCAGCAACCCAAAGAUAUAAUUCGAUUCUUCUGUAAAAUUUGUGGCGCCCACGCCUUUGUAUUUUCGAUACCCUUGGACCAAUACUUCGUGGCAGCCGGAUUGCUGGUGGAUGAACCUAGCCCAUCUCGGACUCAAUCGGUGCGACAUUGGCAGGCUUCUGAAACGCAUGACGGUGGUCUGACUUCUUUUCUUCCUGGAGAUUCUGCAAUCACGAGGUCAAAAUGUUGGCUUCGUGCCUAUCCAUAUGACAAUGGAAAUUAUUCUGAGGUGAAGACGAACAUCCGGCGUUUGCCCCAUGAUUCUAUAGAAUUAAGAUGCCGGUGUCAUUGCGCGGGGAUUGAGUUCUACAUUACUCGACCGGAUGCUUCAUCUACACAGGCGACAUCUCCAUGGCCUGACCUACUUGUUCCGUACCAUGUCCAUUCAUCGGAGAACGCCACAGAUGUGAAAUGGUGGCUGCGAAAUGCAAACACCAAGUACCUAGCUGGAACCUGCGCCUGUCCAUCCUGUCGCCUAGCCAGUGGAUGUCCGAUCCAGCCAUGGGCUUUUAUACCGAAGGCCAAUCUUCUGGACAGCUAUAGAGCACCGCUUACAGUUGGUGCAGGCACCAUGCAGCGUUUUGAAAGUAGCCCCGGCGUCUACCGGGAAUUUUGCAACCGCUGUGGCGCCUCGAUCUUCUGGCAUAGCGAUGAAAGGCCCCUGCUAGUUGAUGUCAGCGUUGGGUUGCUUCAAGCAAGUGAGGGGUCGCUGGCAAGGCAAUGGCUAGAAUGGACGACUUCAAGAGUUAGCUUUGCUGAAAUGGCGUUGGACAAGAAUUUGAUUAGACGACUGCAGAUGGGUCUCCAAGAAUAUGCAGAACGGCAGGUAAACAGCCAUCCUCCCCUACAACCAGUGAUUCAAUUGGCCCAGGAUAAUAUGUGAAUCUCGACAGUUACGAU